UCUGACCCUGUGACAGUAGGAUUGCGCGGCUUGUUGGCGCUGUCGAGAAAGUUGAAGGAAAAACGGCAUGUGAGUGGUGCUUUGACAUUGGCUUCAUCCGAAAUUCGAUUCAACAUUGAUUCUGAAACGAAAGAUCCGAUAAAUGUACUGGAGAAAAAAGCUCUACCAACCAAUAGCAUGAUGGCAAAAGCGAAAGGUUUCAAAAUGAACGUAGAAAGUGGAAAAACUUUGUCGGAGAGCUUAGAUAUGGCCAUUGAUCCAAAGAACGAAAUGGUGAACACCCUGUUUAGAAUGCUCACAACACGUUGCAUGACACAAGCGGUGUAUUUCUCAUCAGGUUCCCUACCAACUGAGAAGUAUUUUCAUUUUGGACUUGCUGCACCGAUCUAUACGCAUUUCACAUCUCCAAUACGACGAUAUGCUGACAUAAUGGUUCAUAGGCUGCUUGCAGCAUCAAUUCAUGCUGAUUCCACAUUUCCAGAAAUGUUAAAGGGUGAUUUAGUGACGAAAAUUGCUAAUAAUCUCAAUUACAGGCAUAAACAAGCACAGUAUGCAGGCAGAGCAUCGGUUUUGCUAAAUACAUUACUGUAUUUCAAAGGGCGUACCGAGCUACACGAUGGUUUUGUUAUGGGAAUACGCAAGAACGGCAUUCAGGUAUUUUGGCCAGUUUGCUACCAAUAA